ACAAAUGGUAUCUGGUCGUACGUACGAGUAAGCUAGUUUAUAUAGCGAGCAAAACUGAACUAGAAAAUAUUCACGUGCGUUCAAAGAUUAUAUAAAUGUGUCGUCUUAGUAUCAUAAUUUCUAUUACCGUAAUAGUUUUAAAGUUACAUGCACCGGUAGCCGUUUGAUGUUUCGCGGAUAGUGAUUUUCGAUCAGACCUCACGGUGAUGUCUCCAAUCAAUAUAAUUACGAUAGUAGUAUUAUGUUCAUUGUCAUCUGUUUCUUGUCAAUUUUCAAAAGUAUUACACGAUUUAGUGCCUUCUCAGCAGUCAGCAUUACAGCAACAAUUGCAACUUAGACAAACAGCUCUAGAACACCAAUUAAACGAACUUGAAAGACAAUUUCAGGUGAAUCAACAAAAUGGUGUUGUAUUUGAAUCAUUAAUCAACCAAAGAAAUAAACUACAACAAGAUAUAGCCCUCAUACAAAGUCAACUAUUCCAAUUAAAACAAGAUCUCAGCCAACAAAACCAAAAAUCUAGAAAUCCCGACGAUUCGUUAGUACCAGUUCCACAAUUAGUGAAAAAUGAUCAAGAUGACAAUCUAUUCCUUAAACAGAAAAAUUUAGCUCAAGAUAUCCGUUUCCUCGAUGCCCUGCAAGCACCGCCGACUUCUUUUGCAGAUCCGUUCACCAAUAUACCAACUUUUCCUAAAAACGAUAUUUUUGCAGUUCCGUCUUUAGACGAUGAUUUACCCUGCGUUUCUACUGUUGGUAGUGGGUUUUGUAAACCUUUGAUAAGAUGUUUGGCAUUUUACGCUGACAUUCCAGAAUUACGCAGACAGCCUUGUCAGUUUAGAGGGGGAGAGCUUGGAAUUUGCUGCCCCGCACAAGACCGUUUAUCAGGCUUUCCUACUGCAAAACGAACAGGUGUUUUAGUUCCACCUCCACCACCACGAGUUAUUGUGCCUGCAUUUACUCCACAACAAAUCAAUCGUUCAAUUACAAUCGCUCUUGAAAAACUACAAGAUAGAAAAUCACUCGUUUCGAAUUUAUUUUCUCAACGAAUUUUGGUUCCUACCGGUACUGCUGCUGCUUGGCAUCAAGAACUAUUUCCAACCUCUAAUGAAACUUUGGAAAUUGGAGAAGGUGCUCAAAAAUCAGUGGAAGCCAGCGUUGAAUUAGUGAAUGAUUUCAAUUUGUCACGAGAACAAGGAGCAUUUGGUCUCCCAAAGUUCAGCAUUUUAAAUACAGUUUUAGCGGACACCUGUCCUAAAAAAGCGUUUUGCAGAGCUCAUAAAUAUCGUGCUACAGAUGGCUCUUGUAAUAAUUUAAAUCAUCAACAGUGGGGUUCUCCCGGCACUGCUUUACAACGUAUUUUACCACCCAAAUACGGCGAUGGGGUAAAUUCGCCACGAACGCAUAGCGACAAAGGAGUUCCAUUACCAAGCGUGAGAUUAGUGAGUUCAAGCUUAGCUCAAGAUCGAGACACACCCUCCGAUAAUUAUACCCUUCUGUUGAUGCAAUAUGGUCAGUUCGUCGAUCAUGAUAUAACACAUACACCGAUUAGUAGGGGACAGAGUGGAUUUGGUAUUUCAUGUUGUCGUAAUGGAAAACCUAUCGAGGCAUCUUUACGUCAUCCUGAUUGCUUUGCCAUUGAAAUGCCAUCUAAUGAUCAUAUGUUCUCGAAAUUUGGUGAACAGUGCAUGGAAUUUGUACGAUCUCUACCAGCUCCUAGACCAGAGUGUAAUUUUGGACCCAGAGAACAAAUGAAUCAAAUUACCGGAUACUUGGAUGGGUCAGCUAUGUAUGCUUCAUCAUUAGAUGUGCAACGGGGGCUUCGUCAACUUCAAGGAGGUAAACUGAGGGCGCAAAACUUUAGAGGAAAAUCAUUGCUGCCAGCGAAUCCUUCUGAAUGCUCUGACGAAACUCAAAAUUUAGCAUGCUUCACUGCUGGUGAUGGACGAGUUAAUGAAGGAGUGGAGUUGGCUUUAAUUCAUACAAUCAUGUUAAGGGAACAUAAUCGAAUUGCCACUGUGUUGGCUCAACAACAUCCAAAUUGGAGUGACGAGGCUGUGUUUCAAGAAACACGAAGGAUAGUAAUUGCAGAAAUUCAACACAUCACCUAUAACGAAUAUUUACCCAUCAUUCUAGGAAGUCAAUACGUAGAUACAUUUCAAUUAAAAUCAAAAAAUUCUGGCUGGACAAACUUAUACGACCCAAAUUUGAAUGCCGGAAUCACAAAUGUGUUUGCCACAGCAGCUUAUAGAUUUGGACAUACUUUAAUACCAUCCAAUAUUCACGGUUACGGGAAAUUUGGUAAUAUUCGAGAAAAUUUACAACUCAGUAAACAGCAUUUUGCUCCUUUUUCACUCUACAAAGAAAGUGGAAUUGACGAUUUCAUUCGUGGUUUUUCUUUUCAAAGUUGCCAAAUGGCGGACAGAUUUUUCUCAAGAGAAAUAACUGACCACUUAUUCCAAGGUAAUCUCAAUUUUGGAUUAGAUUUGGUCUCUUUGAACUUACAACGUGGACGUGAUCAUGGUUUGCCCCCGUAUAAUGAUUGGAGAGAAGUAUGCGGACUGGAUCGAGCCAAAUCGUGGAAUGAUCUCGAAGAUAUGAUGGAUGUUGAGACUAUCGAACGAUUAGCUUCUCUGUACGACAGCGUCGAUGAAGUAGACUUAUACGUAGGUGGGGUAUCUGAAAAACCCGCCGCUGGUGCACUCUUAGGUCCAACAUUUGUUUGCCUGAUUGGUGAUCAGUUUUCAAGAUUACGACGCGGUGAUAGAUUCUUCUACGAAGAAGGUGGCCAACUUUCAUCAUUUUCAGAAGCUCAACUAAGAGAACUACGAAAAGCUAGUCUUGCUCGAAUUUUGUGUGAUAAUUCAGACAAUCUAGUAGUCAUGCAACCGUUAGCAUUUUUCAAGCCAUCACUUCUAAAUCAAAGAGUUCCUUGUGAUAGUCAAGCAAUCCCUAGAGUUGAUUUAAGAGCAUGGGUAAAUGAAGUUCCAGCAGUUCCAUGAUUUAGUUGGUCGACGAGCCAUGACUGAAUUACAUAUACAGAUACAUUACGCAAAUUAGAUUUGUUUUUUUGAAUGAAUUAUGGUUUUCUUGAAAGCUUUGUUUUCUCAAAUUCAAUAUGUUUGUUAUUUAUUAUUUUUAUAUGGUCACUUCAAUCAUUGAUUAAGUAGAUAAUUAAAAUGUUGGGAUGAUGAAAAAAGGAAGCUAUUUUCUUAUGGUGGUGUAAAAUUGGUAUUGGUUUUGACACAAGUUCACCAAUCUACCUCCUUGCAAUAAAUUUUUUUAUGUUUCGUUCAA